AAUGUUGACAUGAAUGGGACGGGAAUGGGAAGUAAGGUUGGGAUUCAUGUCCAGUGCACUUGUAAUAUAACGAAAUAACGUUUUUACCAUUUACGAGUCGACGUAGGAGUGUUGGUAGUGAUGGAUGUGUAACCGUAACCCGCAUGUUAUAACACGCACUCGAACGCAUAUAACCCUAAAAGUUAGUGCAUACAACCAACGACAAUUGGUUACCUGUUUGGUGUUUAAUUUAAUUGUUCGUUAAUUGUCAUGUGCAUGUGAAUAUGUUUUAUAUGGAUCGGUUUGCGACUUCGAAAAUUCGAAAAGCACCGUUUGGAAGGGUUAUUACCAGAGAUUUUAAUUUGUUGGAAGGUCCACAAUUUUUCUUGUUUCGAAGAGAAACGUCUGCUGAAAUCCCAUGGGGCAAUGUAUGUCGCGUAAGGCCGCAGGUGCUUUCGCAGCUUCUGCAGCCGCUGCCCACAACAGACCCGCCAAGAUGCACAAGCAUGCACAAAUACAGAGUCCGGGCGACGAGGACAAAGACCUGCCGAAAAAGCCCCCCCUCCACAGCAAAGGCGUCGCGACGUCUUUCGGUUUCAAGCGUCGUCCCACCACCGCGCCGUCGAUUGCAUCCAACUCGAAUGCAGCUCGGCGGCUUGCCAACGCGGAUAUCAUAGACAGAAAUGGCAACGGACACAGUGACACUGAACCACUUACCGCGAACAUAGCGCCUACCGCCCGUUCGACGCCGAGGCUGAUGCCCCCGAAGAAGGAGGGCAUCGCGACGAGAGUCAAUCGGUUCGGCUUCAGACAACCCCAGGCCAACAGGCUGCAUAAAGUUUCCGAUUUGAACAACGCCCCCAUCGAGUUGUGCAACAAUAACGUUGCCAGGGUGAAGAGCAACUCCGCCAACCAGAAGGGCAAGGGGGUGGUGGGCGUGGUGGUGGACAGUAACAAGAAUAGGAUGACGAAGAACGGGAUUAGUCCGCCGCAGGCCGAAAAAUUCAUGCUCCAGUCGACCCAACUCCCCCGCCCUGAACCCAUCCGCGUCAUAGAAACCAAAACCGCCAAAACCCUCGCAAACAACAACCGCCGAAUAGCCUACCACGAAGACAACUCCUCCAAAGAGGGCUCUUUAACCGAAGACUCCGGCGUCGGCAGCCAAUUCAGCGCCGAAACCAUGCCCGGCGUGGAACGCUUAAACUCCUCCCCGACCUACGGCGCCCGCCGCAGUUUCCACAAAACCCGGAACCUCGAAAUCGUCAAAUCCGGCAACACCUUCGACGUGCGAGACCUCGACGACUCGUCCGAAAGUUGCGCGCCUUUGCCUCAGUUGCCUAGUGCUUUCAGCACAGCGGACAAUUCCCGUGGGAACUUCUACACCUCCGGUUUCGUUCGCGAGAAAGCUCGGGAGUACCAGAGGCACCUCGACGACAACAGGCGGAAAAUUUCGGUGACGUCGUCGGAGGGUUUCAGCGACGACUACGCCGACGAGGAGAAAACGUUCAAGGAUAAGUUUAGGAGCGAGAAAACUUUCAUAAAGUCGAGCGCGCACAAGUUCCUGAAGUCGAAGCCGGCGGUGAAGGACGAUUCGAGUCCGCCGAGCUCGGACGAGCACGAGUGGGCACAUGGGGGCGAAGCCAUGGCGGACGAAGUGAGUUUUUCGAUAAGUUCGAGCGACGAGAGUAAAGAGAAGGACCAACCUCCUGUAAAUACGGUCCCGGAUAUCGCGGCGACCAUCCAGAAUUUGAUGAACGCGUCCUUGAACUCCCCCAAGGAUAUUAAGAGCAUGUUGUUGACAAUCGAGGAUCCGAAAUUCGCCGCUGUUGCCGCCGCCAGUAAUUCGAGCUUGAUGCUGGACGACGAAACGUCGCCUGUUGAUAGUUUGAUCAGUUACUCAGAGUCUGAAGAAAUACUCAAGAAGAAGCUAAACCGAAGCUCUUCUAAUUCUAAAGAUAUUAACGAGAAGCUAACUCCUCCGAGUCCUGGAACCCCCACGAACAUUUCGAACUCGUUGUCGUUGUCAGACGGGAAAGACGACUUUCUGAUUGAUGACGAAAUUGCCGAUCAGCCGGCCCUGGUUUUUGAAGACACUCUAGUAGCAACCAAUGACGGGUUCAGCAUUUCCCAAAAUAACUCAGAAAGUACCAACACAAUGGUAGACUCCACCCCGAAACCCAAAAGACGGACUUUUUUGGGGGUUGAUGGGAGUCCAAUCUCCUCAAGGAAGAAAAAAUCGCUCCAUAGUAGAACCGGCUCUUUAGACACUUUAUCACCAUGUGAGAGCAUCGCCAGCGACGACUUGAUGAUGGACUACGACUACAGUCAAAGCAGUGGCGUGGAGGACGACAAGAACGACAACCAUAAUCACGGUUUUCUCUCUUUGGACGACACCCUGAUAAGAAAAGCGGAACUUGAUGAUAGUGGAGGCUUGCGCGACUGGGCGAGUUUGCUCGGGAAUUACACAUCGGAAAAAAACUCAAAGAGUAAUGCGAGCAAAACGACGCGCUUGCUCUGGUCUAGAACCGGCACGCCGAACUCAGUUCCUGAUUCGCCAAAAUCCGUAGACAGCAAGUCGACUGCCAGAUCGCGACAUUCCGUCACCAGCAGCCCCCUUCGACUCUCCAAAGGUGUUCCUUUAUCGGCGGGAUACGACUCCGACGAUUCCAUCCGAUUAGAUAGGGCGAGUCACUCCGCAAUGAAACAGGACAUUAUGAGCAUUAAAACCAUGCUCCUCAAGCUCAGACGCGUGUUAAACGAGCAGCCAGACGAAGAUAUUUUGUUGAGGUCCGAAACUCACAUUCCAUUUGAUGGUCAGUUAGCGCUGACGAAUGGUCUCUUCAAUGGCCUAUGCUCUUCGGGAGAUGACGCACAAAGCGACGAAGCGAACGAUAACAGGCUGGAGUUGGCCGAGUUGAGGCGGCAAGUGCUGUUCCUGCAAGGACAAUUAGAAGAUAAGGAAAAGACUGUGUUAGAACUGCAGGAACAGAUGGUCAAGCUUACGACGGAUAAUUUUACCUCUAAUUCGGCGCCCGCAUCGACGGUUGCGGCCGAAUACGCCACCUGUAACGCUGCCACCCAGACAGAAAGGAUUCGUCCAAUAUCAGCUGGUCCUUCCUUGCUUAAUGGCUCGCCGACUGAUGGUAGCAGCGUUGGAUCUCUAGUCAGUGCGAAUGAAUCUCCCCAACAAAGAAGAUCUCGUCCCCUCCUCCAGACCGAUUGCCAGGCGAAGAAACCAUCAUCAAAACUGUGGAGGAAACCCGGAGAGCCCCCAUCGCCCCAACGUUACACCGGUCAUUCAUCAAUUCCACGCCGUGCAAAUAGUCGAACUAGAACGCCUUCUUUACCAUCGUGAUAUUCAAAUAUUUUGCUUUUAAUUUAGUAACAAAUUCUUGGGGAAGUGCGCAUCGAUGAUUCUCCACUAAAUUAAGUGAGAUCGAGACAGAUUUUUUUAUUUUCAUAUUGGGCGUAGUGCAAGCGAGCUUUGGUGCGCACGUCUUCAGCUUUUUAAAUUAUUUUUGUAAAUAAUUUAUAUGUACUUAAGACUAAACAUUUUUGACUGUGAUUAUUUCGUUGUGUUAUUGGAGAGUAGAGUUGUGUAGGUGUAACAGGCUUUUAGUAUGAUGCUUAUUUUUUUCAUGGUUUAAUUUUUUCAAGUGUCAGUACAGUUUUGAAGGUGUGUGACUCACUGCGAUAAUGAAAUUUGAUCUAAUUACCUAAUACAGAUAAAUAUAUAAUAAUUAGAAAGAGGAAAAUUAUAACCUAACGUUUAAAAAUUAAUCUUCUUGUUUUUGUCAAUUUGGAAUUGUUUUGACAAUAUUUCAGCGAUUAUAAUUAGGUGAUAUUUGAAAUUUAUUUAUUGUUACUCCUUACUAAGUAUUACUACUACUAGUGUAAU